AAAAAUAUAAAUAAACAAAUAAUGGCUUCAGCAUUUCUAAGACGCGGAUUGCAAUCCGUUAUUUCAAAGAGUGUUAAUAUCGAUAAGCGAGUUUUGCCAAAAACGAUCGCUUUAUUUGCCGAUCUGAGACCUAUUAAACAGCCAUUUAGCUCGACGAUGAUAAGGCGAAUGUCGAGCAAAAGAAAUGUCCAUCAAUCCCGAGCUUCAGCAUCUGUGGACGAGGAAAGCGACAGUGAUAGUGACUCCGAUGAAGAACGUGACCUAGGUCAGUCAGUCUUUUGGAGAAGAAAAAUGAGAACAUUACACAGUCACUUGGACGUUAAUAAGGAUGGAGUAAUUAGCUACGAAGACUUUAUGCUUCUAGCAGACAGAUUCGCUGAUAUUGGACAUCUUACUCCGGAGGCUAAAAAAGAAUUCCAAAAAGUUUUAAGUGACAUGUGGCAAGAACAAUGGGGCGAAAUAAGUCCCUACAAUCUGGUGGGUGUGGAGCAGUACCUUGAAGAAAUGCAUCACGUGCUGAACGACACGUCGCUGAAAAGAAAAUGCCACCAUUUUCUGCCGUUCCUUUUCAAGGCGGUUGACAAAGAUGGCGAUGGAGAAAUAUCUGUAGAAGAGUACAAAUUAUUUUUCAAGUGUUUAGAUAUAGAUAACGAUCACGCGGUGAUCUCCUUCGCCCACAUCGACCAGAAUGAAGAUGAAAAAAUAACAGAGACAGAGUUUGUAAGACUGGGGCGAGAAUUUUUCCUGACUGAAGAUCAUACUAAGCCCAGCAAACACUUCUGGGGUCCUUUAGUUGACUAGAAGUUGUUAUAAUAAGUUUUUAAGCGUAUUGUGAUAAUAUAUAUACUUACAUACUGCCGAGUUGGUGUCAUGCUCUAUAAUUGCACUGAUCAAUUCAUAAUCACCGUUGAAAAUUAUAUUGUACUUUUUUCAAUCUUAAAUAUCAUUUUUCACUGCACUUAUAUAUUUUAAGAUUGCUAAUACAA